AUGGCAAACGUCAACGAGGCACCAGAAUGCCAGCUACCAAGUGAACUCGGCACGUACACAGAUCAAAGUAGCGGCAUCCUAAUGAAGAAGAUUGUCACCAAGGCUGAAAAAAUAAGAAAAGGCAGAUCAAGUGCGCUCCCUGUUAUACUGAAGCCUGGAGAAAAAACAAAUGCCUACCAAAAAGAAAGGGAACGGAGUGCUGUUGUUCACAGCUCAAAGCAAGAUGGAGAAAAAAUUAGAAUUGGAUCAGGCCAGCCCGAUCCCUGUGGGAAGACUCCUAAGGGAGACAUAUGCCACACAGGAAGCAAGACAAAGAUAGAUCAAGCAUCAAGUGAAGCAGCUUAUGCCCAAUUACCUUUGACUCUACCUGAUCCCAAAGCCGUGAUCCAAAGACAACGGGAGGUACCUCAUUUAAUUCCCCAAGAAAACACAUCCCUGACACACAAAUUCAAGAAAGGAAACUUAGGGCUGACAAAUCAUAAAGACCGGCAUCCGCAGAAAUUAAAUAGCAGCAUAAGUGUGCUCCCUCACCUGGAGUGCCAAGUUAAGAGCAAUUUGGUUUCAAGUGCUGUGAAGCCGCAGCAGCAAGAUGCUAUCCUUCCGCAAAUAACCGCCAAGAACUUGCAGAAUGUAAAUGCGUUGCAUCAGCAGGAAAACAGAGCCCCAGGCCAAUCAUUUCCUUCAGCUCCUCGUGAAAACAGUGCUAUAGUUCUGUCCAGCAAGACAGAAACAGAAAAAGGCCACAAUCUAAAGCUGCCUCUGACUUCAGCAGAAGCCUUGAAACAUUUUAAAAACCAGCUAACAACGUAUGAGCAGCGGGAGAUUAAGGAAUAUAGAGAGCUGUGGUUUCUUGGACUGGGAGCUAAAAAGAUUGAAGCCUAUCCUGAUGCAGAGAACAACAGUUCCUAUGAUGAUGAUCAUGGCUCCUACAAAAAGGUAAGAGGCUGA